AUGGCAAAAACCCUAGCACAAGGCAGAAAACCGGGCAGCGGAAGGAAGCCUGGAAAGGCCAAGACGUUGCUGGAAGGCAGGAAACCGGGAAGUGGUCGAAAGAAGAGGCAGGUGGGGGAGGUUUCAGGAGGCAGGGCAAAAGAUGAUAAAGGCAUGCUUGGCACUAGGGCAAGCAUGAAGCGGCCAGGGGCUGGGGACGACAGUCGUGGUGUUGAAGGGAACGUCAACGGCGCCGAAGUAGCGAAAGGCCCGGGUAUGGGGGGUGUACGAUUGCAUGAGCUGGAUGUGCUUGAUGCGUUUGACAAGUUGCGGAAAUCUCCGCCACCAGCGGAGAAAUCCCCAAUUCAGGACGGGUUGUGCGCAGUUCCAUAUAUUGUGAAGCCUAACCUGCCUUGGUUGGUUGAAGGCCAAACAUUACAGCGUCCGCUACUGAGUCCGGCGUCAUCAUCUACGCCGGUGAGCGUUAGCGACAUCAAUUUGCGAGGUGGGAAUGGAGAGCGGGUGAUACCAGCAUCGAACCGGUCGCAGUGA